AAACUAAAGCUUCUGGAAGAUUUCCAAUUGCAAAUUGCAAAGAAAGAAUUAGAAAUAAAGAGCUUGCAAUUAAGUAUAUCAUCGUACGAGAACAAUACAAAUAAUCAGAGUAAUCUAAAAAACAAUCCACCACAGAUAGUAUGUCCCAAUUAUAUGGACCAAUCAUAUAAUGAGGCUCCGAACCUCAAUAAUACAAUUAAUGAACUGGAAAAGAAACAAAAAUCGUGUCAGAUGGAUUUGGAGUCAGAAUGGAAUGGUUCCAUCGAAAAGGAUGUGGCUAUUGACGAUAUGAAAAAAGAAGCUGAGGCUAAUCGUAAACUGAUGGAAUCUCAAUGGAAUGAGGCGAAUUAUAUGAGUGCCAGAAUUAAAGAAAUGGAAAUAGUAGCUGAGAAUAAUAAAAAUCUGUUGGAUCAAUGUCAAGAGAACAAAAGAAAUAUGCAAAAAACAGAAGAGGAGAAGAAAUCAGUCGAAGAGAAACUAAAUGAAUGUCAAUUAAAUAAUACGAAUUUAGUAAAAUUGAAGGAUGAAAGCUUCAAAGAAUAUCAAAGUAAUCAACAAAUAAUAUUAGAAUCGUGUCAGGAUGAUUUGGAAUCGCAAAGAAAUGAGUCCACUUAUAAGACUGUGACUAUUAAGGAACUGAAUAAUGUAGCUGAGUUUAAUCACAAUCUAUGGAACCAAUGUCAGAAGAAUAGGGAGGAGAUCCAAACAGAACUUGAUUCUUAUAAAACAAAGGAUUCGAACAACAACAAAUUAGUCGAAUCAUGUAAAAAUCAAUUGGAAUCGCAAAAACUUGAGACCACUUCUAAAAAUGCGACUAUUAACGAAUUGAAUAAAGUUUUGGAUAAGUGUAAAAAGAACAAUGAAGAACUCAACAAUCAGCUGAUCACCAAAGAACAAUGCGCUAAACAAUGCAGCGGAAAGAAGUUCUUGAAAAAAGCAUUGUGUAAAGCGAAAUGCAAAUGGAGUUUUUAGCAGUUCUUACAAUAUCGAUGUUAUAGAUUUAAGUCAGCCGAUUCUUCUGUUUAAUUUCACUUUUCAAUUCUGAAUACACAUUAAAAAUAUUUGCAAAAUUUGAA